UAUCUCUACUUGCAUUGUUACAUGACCAAUUGCAUAUUUGUCAUCUUGAAAAUGCUUUUUGUUCAUCGUUUUGGUAACUCAACUUGUUGAUUUUUCUGCAGAAGUACUCUGAGCUGAAAGUUGAGUUAAGCAGAAUUGAGAGACAUAUACUUAAUGAUGGGUUUUGUUUGCCAUUUUGAACAUCGUCACAAGUUCAUUUCAAACUACCUUGCUACAUUUGAAACACCUCCUGAACUUUUAGGCAAAAAGCUUGGAACCUGGAUAAUGAUAGGCUGCAACAAGAAUCAAAGAAUACAUGAAAGACAACAGGAGCAAGGAUGAAAUUGUGAGGAUUCUACAACAACAACAUGCUAUCCCAGUUUACUUGACCAUGAAAGCUUGGGAUCAAAUUGAAAUCGAGUCUCCAGGUUUCUUUGAGGAGUAUUUUGUCCAAACACUGUUGAACCCCGAUGCAGAAACGACUGAUCAAGGACCUACUCAACUCGCAUCAACUUCAAUGGGGACUGCUGGGAGAGAUACUGGUGCAUCAUCAUCAUCCUUGCAUGUUCCUCCUCCAACUGGAACUGCUCAAAAUGUCCCGAUAGUUACUCGUGCACAAGUUCCUCCACUAACUGACUAACGAGAACUGCUUAAAAUGUCCCGAGAGAUAAUCGUGCAUCAUCAUCAUCAUCGCAAGUUCCUCCCGAAACUGCCAAUGCUCCUGUGCAGCAACCACUUUCUCCCAAAACUGAAAUUUUGAUGAAGAUCUUAGCUACCUUGGUUGAGAUGAAGAGUAAACAAGACCAGAUGCUCCAUCUAAUGUCCGAUGGACGUAUGAGAACCCGAGAUGAGUAGGACCAGACUCAACAAGAGUCACCGGACUCAAGAAGGCAGCGACUUGACUGAGACACCAGAAGUUUGGGAUUACAAGAACUGAUUGCAGAGACUUAUUGUUUCUACGAUGUUUGUUUACUUUCUUAAUCUCAUCUGUGUUGCUAUGAUGCUGAAUACUUAAUCUUAUCUAUGUUGUUAUGAUGCUGACUCUUUAAUCUCACAAAUGUUGUUGUGAUGCUUCUUACUCUUUAA